AUGUCCGCUGUGCUUGCGACGAUGUUAUCGUGCCUGCACGCUAAGGAUCCAAUGUCCGUGAACGAGCUUCUGAACCCGCUGGACGAGAACACUACUGCAGAAGAUUCCACACCCGGGCGAGGAUGA